UGACUUGUACAUAAACAAAGUGGGUCACGUGGUAGGGCUAAGACGCGCAGAAGGAGCAGCAUCUCUUUAGUGACAGUGUAAUGUUUUGUUGUUGUUGUGGUGUUGAGUCAGCGGUAGCUUACAGACUCGGCGUUUGGAGCUGAAAAUGUUAUCGGACACAACGUAAACUGUGCUAUCAUUUCCCGGCAGUACGGCAUUACAGCGGGGAAAAGCGCCGGCGCUAUGGCGUGUCCCCCUGAAAGCGAAGUGCGGGUGGUCGGGCCUUGUGACUCGGGUAGUGAGGGGGCGAGAGCACAGGCCCGAGCAACCAGCCGACAGGAUCAGCCUUGUCCAGGGGCCGUCACAGUGUCUCCGGCGACUGUAAUGGUGGAGUCUGUGGAUGAUGCUGAGGGACUGUAUGUGGCUGUGGAGAGAUGUCCUCUGUGUAACACUGCGAGGCGCAGGCUAACCUGUGCACGGUGUAUCAGAGCUGGAGACUUCGUGUACUUUGACGGUAAAAAUCCUGAAAGAUACAAAGAAAAACUAGAAAGGCUUCAGAAAAUGAAGAAGGAAAAGGAGAUUCUUCAGCAAAGGGUUAUCAAAACCAUGGACAAAAAGGUUCAGGCAGACCAGCUUAAGUGGAAGAUCAUGUCGUGUAAGAUGAAGAUUGAGCAACUGAAAGAGGCAAUCUGCAGUGGGAACGAAGAAGUGAAGAGUGGCAAAGAUCUGUUACUUCACUCUCAGGAAGAAGGUCAAAGACUGCAGCGCCGGGCGAGUCGUCACCAGGAGAAGAGGGAUAAGAUAGAGCGUCAUAACCGUCGCUUGAGUGAGCUUUUGGAGAAGAGGAAUAAAGAGCUUCAGAGUAGACUGGAGACUCUGGCGGAUGUGCGGCGGGGUCACAUCCUGGAACUCACCUCCUACAUCUUCCCCACACAGGAGGAGAAGCAGGGCAGCAGAGACCCAGCUGAAACUGCUGUAGCAGAGUACGACUUUGCCCUCACAUCCAGCACUGUGAGUGAGUUAGCUGAGGCCCGGCGAACAACGUACAUGUCUGGUCGUUGGAUCUGGGACGAUCAGAAUGGAGAGACAAGCAUUAGCAUCACUGGGCCCCAUGUCACACUGCCUAGCAAUGGAGACUGCUCAGCUUACUAUAAUUGGGUAGAGGAAAAAAGUACUAAUCCUGGCCCAGAGCUGGAUCACAUCACUCCAGCACACACCAUUAGCGCAGCCCUCUGCUAUGCUACUCAGCUUGUUAACAUUCUUUCUCAUAUUCUGGAUGUCAAUCUGCCCAAGAAGCUGUGUAACAGCGAGUUCUGUGGUGAUAAUUUGAACCGCUACAGAUUUACCCGUGCUGUUAACAAACUCAACACCAACAUCCUACAUCUCUGCUUCUCCCAGCAUGUAGACAGUGAGCUACUCCAUCCACACCACACACUGAGAAAUAUCAUGUUUCUGGUCUCUCCUGAGAACAAGAACCUUGGCAGGACUGGACCAUUUGAAGUAAGUGCAGACUUGGAGGACUCUAUGGAAUUUUUGGAGCCUGAGGCAUCAGGUGCUGCAGAAGAGAGUGGAGAUGAAACUGUAACAGAUGAAGAGACAGACUUGGGCACAGACUGGGAAACUGUCCCUAGCCCCCGAUUCUGUGAUAUCCCCUCUCAGCCCAUGGAUCUGUCUCAGAGCACAGCCAUGCAGGUCUCACAGCCAGCAGGAAAUGCAGGAGGCAUGAUUUCCUCUGCUGCUGCUUCGGUCACCUCCUGGUUCCGUGCCUACACUGGUCAGCGCUGAGGCCAGGCUGGAAUGUUAGACUGCUGUAGCUAUGCAAACAAACUAUUUGUCCCUCUUUUGUCAGAUCUUAUUAGAAGUGAUUUUUGUGACUUUGUCACUGAUUGCAUGUCAAGACUGUGUGUGAUUGAAAUGGGAGGGAGGGAGGGAAAGAAUGACAUUUCUAACCUUUUAAGUAGAAAUAGGAUCUGGUGAAAGAUUUUGUUUAAAAGAAAACACCUGCCCUUUUUAUAGCUUUUGCAGAUUAUAGGAUCCCCAUUAUUAUUUAUCCAGUAACAUUUCCCCUUUCCUUACUUUACAAAUUGGCUAUAGUGGGGGGAAAAAUAAAAAUAAAUCCUUUAUGAUGAAUGUCAUUUAUGAAUUGAGAGCAUGCUGCACUGUUUCACUUUAAUGGCUUGACUGCCUUGUUAGAAACAUUGUUUAUUGAAUAUAGCAGCAUAAACAACUGGCUGGAUUAGGUGGCAGUUACACCUAUCUUUAAUAUUGGCUUUAAAAAAGUUAUUUCUGCUGUGUUGUCUGAUAUGGAAUGCUCUUAAAACAACUGCCACAGUUGGUUUACCUAUUUUAAAGUACAAAACAGGAAGGGGUUAGAUUCACCACUGGUAUUCUAGGUAGUGAGUUCAGGCUAUGGUUUGCUUAAAAAUGAAAGUGCACCUUUUCACCAGCUAUUUAAAACUCCUGUUUGUAUCUUGCAAACGUGUAAGGUGUUUUAGUUUAUGAAUAAACAAGUGGAGAUUUUUGAUUAUA